CGGCCUCAUCGCUCGACAGGCUGCAGAGCCGACUCCUACUUGCUCGGGAGGUGCCCUUGGUCGAGGGCUUUGCAUUUCCCCCACAGCCUGUAGGUGCAAAAACUCUUAACCCGUUUCUUCCAGUUCAACGAAGUACUGGCAUCUCCGACUCCGUGAUGUCUGUCCGAAGCAGCGAUCCUGUGAACCAGGGCCUUCCCUUCGCUACCCGCUUUUUUAGACUAGCCCAGCUAAUAUAUGAUUCAAGGUCCGGGCAUACGUUAUCAGAAUCAAUGUCCGGGCACAAACACGUGCUGCUUCAUCCACCACUGCGACGUCCCUCAAGGGAGCGGCUAUUGCCUGGAUCGAGCAACGCAGAAUUGCACAGAUGGUGUAUUCUUUGAAGGAAAUCCCGAUGCUUGGCCUUGCCCUGGUGACGCCAACAUUCUAUGUUGUGUGAAAUACCAGGACAUGGUCAACGGCACUGCGAAUUUUACGGCAAGCCCAUCAACAACUCAGACGAGCUGGACGAGCAGUCCAUCGACCUUCACGAGUACUGCGUCGAUCCCGGCGAGCGGCAUACCACCUCCGCUGUCUACCGCCGAGCCGUCGUCUCAUUCGAGGUUAACGGGCGGUCAGAUCGGGGGUAUAGUUGCCGGCGUUAUUGGCUUCAUUGCUCUAUCGGCCCUCGCGGCUUUGUGCGGGUUCCGUCACCGCAAGAAGAAAGCUGCCGGAGCCGUCGUCCAUGAAACCGCCACAGCCGACGGUGCGGCAGAAUGGCCGGUUACCGAGGACAUCAAUUCCCAUGCGCUCGAUGGGAAUCAGAUAAAUGAAUUGGACGCGGGUGACCCGAGGCAGGGGAUUGGCAACCGCCAGGUGCUCGCCAGCACCCCAGUAAUGGAGCUGGCAGCUGAUGAUACUACCAUCAAGAGGAAACUGCGGAUUCCAUAGACAUAGAACGCAAGCUUUCAUGCCGCUUUAGUGUCUUUUCGGUAUCAGGUUUUGAAACGGAUGAGGUGGGAACUGUGAAGUGAUGAUCGUAUACAAGCACAAGCAGGGAGGCGUAUUUGGGUUGCUGCUCGCCGUGCGGGCGUCCACUUGCAUAGUACCUGGGUAGUAGUUUGAUGAGUCCGGUUCAGGGCCUGUUCUGGCGUCCUUGAUCGAACCCAGCCAACGGGUGGGCUCCAAGGGUUACAGUAACUGUUACACCGUCGACCUCGUUUGGAAGCUCAACGUCGAAACCUUAGUAGCUGUG